ACCCCACUGCGGGCGCGCUCUCAGGAGAGCCGAGCGACGCGGCUCAGCGCCAGGACCAUUAGGCUCGUGGACCAGCCGGGUGCGGGGAAAUGCUGCGGGUGCGGUGUCUGCGCGGCGGGAGCCGCGGCGCGGAGGCGGUGCACUACAUCGGGUCUCGGCUUGGAAGAACCUUAACAGGAUGGGUGCAGCGAACUUUCCAGAGCACCCAGGCAGCUACGGCUUCCUCCCAGAAUUCCUGUGCAGCUGAUGACAAGGCCACUGAUCCUCUGCCCAAGGACUGCCCGGUCUCCUCUUACAACGAAUGGGAUCCCUUAGAGGAAGUGAUAGUGGGCAGAGCAGAAAACGCCUGUGUUCCACCAUUCACCGUGGAGGUGAAGGCCAACACAUAUGAAAAGUACUGGCCAUUUUACCAAAAGCAUGGAGGCCAUUAUUUUCCCAAAGACCAUUUGAAAAAGGCUGUUGCUGAAAUUGAAGAAAUGUGCAAUAUUUUAAAAAUGGAAGGAGUGACAGUGAGGAGGCCUGACCCCAUUGACUGGUCGUUAAAGUAUAAAACUCCGGAUUUUGAGUCUACGGGUUUAUACGGUGCGAUGCCUCGAGACAUCCUGAUAGUCGUGGGAAAUGAGAUUAUCGAAGCUCCCAUGGCAUGGCGUGCUCGCUUCUUUGAGUACCGCGCAUACCGGUCGAUUAUCAAAGACUACUUCCACCGUGGCGCCAAGUGGACUACGGCUCCUAAGCCCACAAUGGCUGAUGAGCUUUAUGACCAGGAUUACCCCAUUUGUUCUGUGGCAGACAGACACAAAUUGGCUGCUCAGGGAAAAUUCGUGACAACUGAGUUCGAGCCAUGCUUUGAUGCUGCUGACUUCAUUCGAGCUGGAAGAGAUAUUUUUGCACAGAGAAGCCAGGUUACAAACUACCUAGGCAUUGAAUGGAUGCGUAGGCAUCUUGCUCCAGACUACAGAGUGCAUAUCAUCUCCUUUAAAGAUCCCAAUCCAAUGCAUAUUGAUGCCACCUUCAAUAUCAUUGGACCUGGUCUUGUGCUUUCCAAUCCUGACAGACCAUGUCACCAGAUUGAUCUUUUCAAAAAAGCAGGAUGGACCAUAGUUACUCCUCCAAUACCAGUCAUCCCAGAUGAUCACCCACUCUGGAUGUCAUCCAAAUGGCUUUCCAUGAAUGUCUUAAUGCUAGAUGAAAAACGUGUUAUGGUGGAUGCCAAUGAAGUCCCAAUUCAAAAGAUGUUUGAAAAGCUGGGUAUCAGUACCAUUAAGGUUAACAUUCGUAAUGCCAAUUCUCUGGGAGGAGGCUUCCACUGCUGGACCUGCGAUGUCCGGCGCCGAGGCACCCUGCAGUCCUACUUUGACUGACCGUGCUUGAUGGAGCUUGUGGCUUGGCCUCAGAUAAACCUAGGACUCAUAGGGACAAGGUUCAUUCUCCUGCUUUAAAAAGUGCAUCAACUGUAGGGCUUUAAACAAUCAUAUCCUUAACACGGGUCUUAAGCCUGGUUUAUGUUUAUUCCUUUUCUUCAAUAUAAGGAAAAUAACUUGUGCUAGGUCUUACUCUCUACUCCUAAAUUUAUUUGCUGUUUGGCUUCAAGCGUAAAAAUUUGGUGAAAGUGUCCCAAGACAAAAAUUAAUCAUUUGAGUAACUUGGAAGCUAAUAUUUAACUAUCUACCUCUGUUUUUAAUUUUCUUUCCAAAAGGCAGCUUGAACUAUUGGUCCUAAUCUUCAAUUUUUUUU